UCCGUCAAACAUUACCGUUGGAGUUGCUCACCGGGAGACUGAGGAAUUAGGAAUUCUCACAAUUAAGCAGUGGUCGAGUUUAUCUUCUACCAUCUCUCAAGUGUCCGAUCGAAGCGACAAUCGAUAAUCCGUGGCUGAAAGUAGUUGGUCUCUUAAAAGUUCACUUCAAAAUUCUACAGCGUGUAUUCCACCUAAUAACUGCUAUUACGCUGUGUAAUUUUAUACUGCUCGAUUUUCUAAUAAAAGGGUCUCGUUUGACGCGUCUUUAAGAUAUAGAGGUUUCACGACAAAUAACUCACUCUUUCGUACCAAAGACAAAAACAAAAACCAGGUCUUACGAAAGACACUUGUUACCGAAUCACGAUACAUUUCACGAUAAAUCUGUCUUUUUCUUUUAUUUUUCUUUACACGCUGAGUCGUUUACUUUCUCGUUCUUCUACAAGAUUCAUUCACCAUGGCUGAAUUUGUUCGUACACAGAUUUUUGGAACGUGCUUCGAAAUCACGACACGUUACACAGACUUGCAACCCAUUGGCAUGGGCGCGUUCGGUCUUGUAUGUUCUGCUCGCGACCAACUGACAGGACAAAAUGUCGCUGUGAAAAAAAUCAUGAAGCCAUUCAGUACGCCUGUGCUGGCAAAGCGAACAUACCGUGAACUGAAGUUGCUGAAACAUCUUCGUCACGAGAAUAUCAUCAGUCUAAGUGACAUUUUCAUUUCUCCGUUCGAGGAUAUCUACUUUGUCACUGAAUUACUAGGUACAGAUCUGCAUCGUCUUCUGACGUCCAGGCCUCUUGAGACCCAGUUUAUCCAAUACUUCCUGUACCAGAUUCUGCGGGGACUGAAGUACGUCCACAGUGCUGGUGUUAUUCACCGCGACCUCAAACCUAGUAAUAUUCUCAUCAACGAGAACUGUGAUCUAAAAAUCUGCGACUUCGGUCUCGCUCGUAUUCAAGAUCCACAGAUGACGGGAUAUGUUUCCACUCGUUACUACCGUGCUCCGGAAAUCAUGCUCACAUGGCAAAAGUACAAUGUCGAAGUCGAUAUCUGGAGUGCUGGUUGUAUUUUCGCCGAGAUGCUGGAAGGAAAGCCACUGUUUCCUGGUCGUGACCAUGUAAACCAGUUUUCCAUUAUUACUGAACUCCUUGGAACUCCGCCGGACGAAGUAAUCGAGACGAUCUGCAGCAAGAAUACAUUGCGCUUUGUCCAGUCUCUCCCUAAACGCGAGAAAGUUCCCUUUUCGGAACGGUUUAAAAAUGCCGAUCCCGCAGCGGUAGACCUUUUAGAAAAAAUGCUAGUCUUCGAUCCUCGCAAGCGCAUCAGUGCUGCCGACGCCCUCGCUCACGAGUACCUUGCUCCGUAUCAUGAUCCUACGGACGAGCCUGUUGCAGAGGAGGUGUUUGACUGGUCCUUCCAGGACAAUGAUUUGCCUGUUGAAACUUGGAAGGUUAUGAUGUAUUCAGAAAUUCUUUCUUUUCAUAAUGUGGAUAGUGAGGUGCAAGCAUAAGACACUUGUUUGUCAUCACCAUCACCAUUGUCCUUUUAAUAUAUUGUUUCAAGGAUGCUUGCUAGCGUGACGAUAUUCAGUGAUCCCAGCUAUGCACCACAUUAUCUCAUGUUAGGCCACAAACUUUCAAGGCAAGUUUGCUCGGCUUUUGUUCGGGACCGGCUAUUACGUUUUCUAUUUUAUAUCUUUUCUACGAUUAACUGUUGUCUUAUGUAAAUGGUCCUAGCCAGCAUAGCGCUUCCCCUUCGCUUUUGUGUGAGAAGCAGCAACGGCCUAAUUCUCGUCCAUGUGUUCCCGCCGCACAAACAUGCCGCAGCAAUCACUUUUUCUCGCCCGACGCCGCACUGUGUAUUGUACCUGAUACAUGACAAGAAAAAAAAAGAAAAAUUUACUCUAUGCUAUUGAACAAUCUAACAGAACAAGAGUUGAAAGGAUCGUCAUACAUGUUCGUGGAAAUGCACGGGGAAACAAGCAGGGUGGGUAAAACACUUCUGAUGAGCACAAGCGCACGUAUUUGUGCAUCCAUGCAACACUCAGGAGAAGCGUGAACGUUAAAAGGGAUCAUUAAGAUAAGACCGUGAGAGCGGCAUGGAGUGAGGAAAACGGCUUAAACACUCAUACCUUUCAUCAGAGGAAGGUCCAUAGCUGGUAUGGCAUGCUUCAAACGGCAAAAAAAUUCAUCAUGGAACAGUACAAUACAGCGAGAACAAGCCAGAGGGAAACCCAAGACCCAGCAACCUCGACUGGCGGUGUUGGACCGAUUUCGUCGGUGCUUCCUCGUCUGACCCAGUCAGCCGCAAAAAGCUAUAUUCUCGUAAAGAAUGAAAAAGGAGGAACAAGAGAGGUGUCGGCGACACCCGUUAACAACGAGCAGAAACCGUCUUCUCGGAAACACCGGUGUUUACGCCAGCCGUAGUAGUUCUGUUGGCAGCGACACCAGACGAUGCUUGGCCAACAGUGCUUAUGCAGUCCCCACCACUCGCAAUAGCGUUCUCUGAGGUUGUGUUUGCUGAUUUGCCGCAGCCGGCAGCAGACUCCAGGGACUUGACCAAGCCCUCAAACUCGUGGAUGUCACGAAUAACGUGAGUGCCGGCCAUGGGCUCUGGCAAGGGGUCAUCUCUGUCCACCAAGUGAACACAGACAGGCCAUCCAAAGUUCUUGGCACCGUUAAUGUUUCCGUACGAGUCGUCAACGAACAGACAUUCGUCCUUGGACAACACACCAGCCUCGACCAUUACUCUCUCAAACAUCUGAGGCAUCGGUUUCGCCACGAUGCUUUCAGUGUUAUAGUCGCAAUAUGUAAGUCCUUCAAAACAGUCAUCGACGCCAAGAAGUUUCAGAACACGCUGAGCAUGGACCUUGUACGCAUUGGUGAACACCCACAAACGGUACCGGGAGCGCAAUCUCAUCAGCAUGUUUCUAAGUUCCACGUCGGGCUUGAUUACCGUUUCCAGUGGCAGAGAUUGAUCCACCCGCUGGUCAUAGUCCACGGCAUCGAUUUUGUGAUGGAGCACGAGACCUCGAAUGGCGAUACCGUAGUGUCGGUAGUACACGUCCCUCAACCGUUCGGCCUCCUCUGCCGGGAUACCAAGUUUGUCAGAAAAGUACUCUCGAAUACGAUCAGCCAUCAUAUCGUGGAUCUGGUACGACUUGGGGUACAGACAGUUGUCCAGGUCGAAGAAAAUCGUCUUUCUCAAAUUCAUGUUUGCUUGCUACGUGUAAGUGGAAAACAAAGCAGUCAGUGCCAGGUGGUGCGGGUCGGCAAUAUAUAUAUAUAUGUGUCUGGCAGAUAGGAAGCUAUAAGGGAUUGUAACGAAAUAGAAGGUGGCUUCUUGGGUCGGAGACUCGGCGAUGGCCACCAAAUGCCUGCCGGGGGAUGGCGG